AUGCCGCCCCAGGCCCUUCAAUGCCUUGGUCUUAUCGACCUUGUCCAUUCCGACCCGCGACCAACCUUUGUUGUCUCUCUUCCUGAGCAACAGCCCUCCGAUGGCUACUCCUCGCCUCCCAAUAUCGUGUACCGAAAUCCAUCAUUAAAGGCCAGCCUUUCCCUCGACCAGUCCAUUAUCUCUAUUCCCAAAGAUGUCUCCCAUUCCCCUUUCUGGAAUUGGGUCACAAGCCCUCCACCCAUUCGGGGCGAUGCCUCGGCGCCUACGGCGACAAAUACCCAACAUUCCCUCCCGUACUUGGGCGUUUACUGGACGCGCAGCAUCGUGUUGGGCCAAUGGAUAGUUAUGAGCGGCAAUGACACGCCUCCUUCGUCAGAACCUCCGCGCAAAGUCAGAAUCGAAGGAACGGAUGGUGACGUUACUAGGAAAUACCCUCAAGAUUCGGUGCUGGACAAUGCCAGUCUACCAUCCCGAAAAAAGUCGGAGAGCAAAACCCCUCUAUUAUACCGCGCCGAGUCCAACCCGGGCCUCAUGGUUCCUGUAUCCGACUCGGAGGAAGAGCCUUUUCUGGAUGUUGUUCAAAGCGUGGAUUGGGAGUCAACAUCGCUUGGUCCCAUGGCCGACUGGCCGGUGCAGUUACAACAGACCUUCAACCAGCUUGUUUCAGAUUCGCGCCCGAUUGCGCUUUACUGGGGACCCGACUAUAUCACCAUCUACAAUGAGGCAUUCUCAAGAUAUUGCGGCGCUCGACACCCUGCCCGCCUGGGACGCCCUGCUACCGAGUCUUGGCCUCACUUAAAGGACCGCCUUGACGCAAUGAUGGCAUCCCCCCUCAAGAAUUAUUCCAAGGUCGAAGAUGAAUCUAGAUUCUUCAUUGAGCAAGCGGACGGUUCGUUUGAAGAGACUCAUGCUAGAUUUUCCAUGGUUCCCAUUGUCUCUGACAAGCAAUGCCUGGGCGUUCAGCAUUCUCUAUUGGAAAAUACCUCUAGGCGAUUAUGGGAACGGAGAAUGAAAAUGCUAAUUGAUCUUGGCGAGGCCUUGAUCGCUUCACGAGACGUCAAAUCAUAUUGGUCUAGGACUAUUGAGGAGCUGGAGCGCUGGAGUCCAAAUUACGACGUCCCGUUAGCAUUCAUCUACUCGGUGGAGGAUGACAAUCAUAACGGCUCUAGAGCAUCGAAAUACGACUGCUCCAAGGUUUGUCGCCUUGAGGGCUCGCUUGGUGUACCCGAGAACCAUGCUAUUGCCCCUUCAGUCCUCAGUCUGCGGGAUUCAGACGAAGGCAUGGCUCCUAUAUUGCGACGAUCACUGGACUCGCGCCAUCACCUACUUCUUCAAACCAAAGAUGACACGCUACCCAAGCAACUCCUUGACGGACUCGCCUGGCGGGGUUUUGGUGAUCCUUGCCAAGCGGCCAUCCUGCUACCGAUUCGACCAACCAAAGAGGAGACCGUCAUGGGCAUUUUGUUCCUAGGCCUGAACCCACGACGUCCGUACGACAACGAUUACCGCCAAUUCAUCUCAUUACUGGGUCAGAAGCUAACAAGCUCGCUUGCUUCGACGGUCCUGCUCGAGGAGGAAGCACGACGACGGCGCAAUGUUACCGAACAGGCCGCCUAUGAUAACGCCAUGCUUAAACAACGACUUGAAUAUCAAACCGAGCAGGCGGAGAGGUCCAUCCAAACCUUCACCGCCGUGGCAGACUUCAUCCCUGUUGGAAUGUGCUUUGUCGACACUGAGGGCAACAUCCCCUUUGCCAAUGAUGCCUGGCAUCGCAUCACUGGCUAUCCGAAAGGACCGAUCGCCCAGGGUGCUCUCCUCGAGUCAGUCCUUGAAGAGGACAAGCCAAAGGUCAUUCAGGCAUACAAAGACGUCCAAAAGCUGGAUACCGUGACAUUCGAGUACCGCAUCACACGGAGCCGAGAUGGUCUGGGCCCGCAGAGCUUCAGAUCUCCGCCAGGACCUCUGGUUAUGGUCGACGAUCGGGUUGUACGCCACAUUCUCGCUUCCACGAAAGCCGAGCGAGCUCCAGAUGGAAGCGUGAUCCGAAUCCUGACCUGCCUGACCGAUGUGACAGUGCAGAAAGAUACAACGGAGGAGGCAGUCCGGCGAGCACAGGAGGCAGAGAAUUUGAAACGGCUUGCCGAGUUUGCGACGGUUGGAAUGUACGAUGUCAGCAUGGAUGGACGACUGCUGAGCGCCAACAACUUAUUCUGGGAACUGACAGGCCUGGAGAAAGUCGACCUUGCCAAGGUCGAGGUGGAACCCUGGCCUUCGUGUGUGGUGGAAGAAGACCUGCCUAUCCUUGAGGCGACGCUCAAAAAGCUGGGAGAGUCUGGGCGUACUGAGACUGCCGAGUUCCGCCUUCGGACUCCGUGGAUCACCGAAGACAGCAGCGGCAACACGUCGAUGGCUUCUCGAUGGGUCCUUGCAACCUUUAUGCCGGUGAAGAGCUCUGACGGUGUUAUCCAAUCCUUCACCGGCUGUCUCAGCGAUGUUUCGAUGCAAAAGUGGCAGCUAGAGCAAGAAAAGCUGCGCAAGGAAGAGGCAAUCGAGUCGAAGCGACAGCAGGAGAAUUUUAUCGAUAUGACCUCACACGAGAUGCGAAACCCGCUGAGCGCCAUUCUACACUGCACAGACGCUAUUAUUGCUUCUCUCGCCAGGGUCCAAGACAUCAGCGACAAUCCAACUCCCCUCACCCCGACACGAGCCGGUGUUGAUGGCGAAGCAAGGAGCUCAGUGGCUGGAAGAUCAGACGAAGAGAAACGACUCUUGGAGGACAGCAUCGAGAACGCCGAGACGAUCGUGACAUGCGCUCAGCACCAAAAGCGCAUCGUUGACGACAUUCUCACCAUGUCCAAGCUUGACUCAAAGCUCUUGGCCGUUACGCCCUGUACGGUGGACCCAAUUCAGAUCGUCAAUGAUGCACUCAAGAUGUUUGAAGUGGAGGCUCGCCGUGUGGACAUUGAGCUCACGUCAUAUGUCGACAAGUCAUACACAGACCUUGGAUACGACUACCUUGACCUUGACCCGUCUCGCGUCAAGCAGGUUCUGAUCAACCUUCUCACGAACGCAUUGAAGUUCACCAAGUCGGGCAAGACGAGGAACGUGACUAUCGGCGUCAAGGGCUCGUUGACUGCCCCAGGCGAAGAGAUGACAGCGGUGCAGUUCAUUCCGCGGUUCUGUGAUAUUUCGGAGGAAUAUGACCAACCCGCUCUCAGAGGCCGGACUCAUCCCGUGUACCUCCUGUUCGAGGUCAAGGAUACCGGCCAGGGCCUGACCGCGGAAGAGAUGGGCAAUCUGUUCAACAAGUUUGUCCAAGCCAGUGCCAAAACACAUACCAAGUACGGUGGCUCUGGGCUGGGCCUGUUCAUCUCUCGCCGACUGACGGAGCUGCAAAAUGGAGCAAUUGGAGUGCUGAGCCAGUCCGGCGUGGGGUCAACGUUUGCCUUCUACAUUGAAACAUACGUCCCCAGCGAAGAAUCGAGAAACGAAGCCCUGGCUGCAGCGGCUGCAGCUAAACUAAUAGCAAGCACCGAUGGCUCAGAAAGCGCGGAAAACAAGCGACCUUGCCGUGACAUUCGACUGCAGCGACAUCAGAACCCGGGGGGCAACGUGCGGCUUGAUGGGAUCCUGGUGGUGGAGGACAAUCUCAUCAACCAGCAAAUCACGCGACGUGGUUUGACAGAUCGGGGCUACACGGUGGACGUGGCAAACCAUGGAAUCGAAGCGCUGGACAAACUGAGACGACGCCAAGGAGUGGCACCGAGACUCAGCCUAAGCAUCGGCGGCGGCGGCAACAUGUCAAGGAGGAGUAGCACGAAUCCACUGCCAAUUGCCAUCAACCUGGUCCUGAUGGACAUAGAAAUGCCGAUCCAGGACGGGCUGACGUGCACGCGCAAGAUUCGAGAACUCGAGGCCAGCGGAGAAGUCUUUUGCGCGUCAGGGGGGCGAAUCCCGAUCAUUGCGGUGACGGCCAAUGCACGACCUGAGCAGGUGAUGGAGGCAAAGGAAGCUGGGUGCGAUGACGUGUUGGUGAAGCCAUACAGGAUCCCAGAGCUCAUUGAGAAGAUGCAGGUGGUGGUACGGCGCAUGGGAGGACUCAGUCCGAAUUCUCCUGUGAGGUGA